AUGAGGGAAAGAGGGAGAGAGGAGGGAGGAAGAGGAGGGAGAGAGAGGCAAAGAGUGGGUCUGGAUGGAGGCGCUGGCAUAGGGAGAACGGAGGUAGUGGUGGAGGAGGUGAGUGGUAGUGGUGGUGGUGGUGGUGGCGAUGGCAGUGACAGUGAUGGUGUUGAUAUUGGCAGUGGUUAUGGUGGUGGUGACAGUGGGGCUGAUAGUGGGUGUGGUAGUGGUGGUGGAGAUAGGGGUAAGGGUGGUGACUAUGGUGGUGGAGGUGGUGGCGGUGAUGGUGCGGGCAGUGUAGGUGAUGGUGGUGGUGGGGGCUGGCGGUGA